GGGUGACGGCUGCGGAGGUGGCGGUCCGGCGGGGUGGUAGCGGAUGCGGCGGCCGAGCUGGAGUUCUGGAGGUCAGAAGUCUGCAAUGGAUCUAACUGGGCUCAAACCAAGGUGUCGACAGGCCUUGAUCACUCUGGACACUCUAGGGGACAAUCCAUUCCUUUGCUUUUUCUGGCAUCUAGAGGCCGCCUACCCUGCUUGGAUCGUGACCCUUCCUUCACCUUCAAAGCCUGCAGCAGCUGGGAGUCUCACAUCUCAGCGCUCUGACGCUGACCCUCCUGCCUCCCUCUUUCCCCCGUGACUGCUUUGGGCCCACCUGGGUAAUCCGGAUCGCCUCCCUGCUUGCAGAGAUUUUUGCUGUGAGAAUUACCAGUAACGGUUCAAUAUGGGGGAUAUUCUGGCUCAUGAAUCUGAAUUACUUGGACUAGUGAAAGAGUAUUUAGAUUUUGCUGAAUUUGAAGACACCUUGAAAACAUUUUCAAAAGAAUGUAAAAUAAAAGGAAAACCAUUAUGUAAAACAGCAGGUGGAUCUUUAAGAGACUCUAAAUCAUUGACAAUUCAGAAGGAUCUUGUCACUGCAUUUGACAGUGGAGACCAGCAGGUGUUCUUCAAUUUGUGGGAAGAGCACGUUCCCAGUUCCAUCCGAGAUGGCGACUCCCUUGCCCAGAAGUUGGAAUUCUAUCUUCAUAUCCAUUUUGCCAUCUAUCUUCUGAAACACUCUAUAGGGAGACCGGACAGAGAGGAGCUGGAGGAAAGGAUUUCUUACUUCAAAACCUACCUGGAGACCAAAGGGGCAGCGCUGAGCCAGACCACGGAGUUUCUUCCUUUCUACGCCCUUCCUUUUGUUCCCAACCCUAUGGUACACCCUUCAUUUAAAGAACUCUUCCAGGAUUCCUGGACUCCAGAGUUAAAGUUGAAGUUGGAAAAGUUUCUAGCUUUAAUAUUUAAAGCUAGUAACACGCCAAAGCUUUUAACAAUAUAUAAGGAGAAUGGACAAAGUAACAAAGAAAUGUUGCAGCAGCUCCACCAGCAGCUCGUGGAAGCUGAACGUAGGUCAAUGACAUACCUGAAGCGGUACAAUAAGAUCCAAGCGGACUACCACAAUCUCAUUGGCGUCACGGCGGAGCUGGUGGACUCUCUCGAGGCCACAGUCAGUGGCAAGAUGAUCACUCCCGAGUACCUCCAGAGCGUCUGUAUCCGCCUCUUCAGUAACCAGAUGCGGCAGAGCCUGGCGCACAGCGUGGACUUCACGAGGCCUGGGACGGCUUCCACCAUGUUACGAGCCUCCCUGGCACCUGUGAAAUUGAAGGAUGUCCCAUUACUGCCCUCCUUGGAUUAUGAGAAACUGAAGAAGGAUUUGGUUUGGGGGAGUGAUCGCUUGAAAGCCUUCUUGUUGCAGGCUUUGCGCUGGCGCUUGACCACAUCCCAUCCUGGAGAGCAGAGGGAGACCGUUUUGCAAGCCUACAUCAGCAAUGACCUCUUGGACUGUCACAGCCACAACCAGAGGAGUGUGCUUCAGCUGCUGCACUCAAAGAGUGAGGUGGUGCGGCAGUACAUGGCCAGGCUCGUCAACGCUUUCGCGUCGCUAGCAGAAGGUCGCCUCUACCUUGCGCAGAGCACGAAGGUGCUGCGGAUGCUGGAGGGAAGGCUGAAGGAGGAGGACAAGGACGCCAUCACCCGCGAGAAUGUCCUUGGGGCCUUGCAGAAGUUCAGCCUCAGGCGCCCGCUGCAGACAGCAAUGAUCCAAGACGGCCUCAUCUUCUGGCUGAUUGAUAUUCUGAAGGAGCCAGAUUGCCUGUCUGACUACACGCUGGAGUACUCGGUGGCUUUGCUCAUGAACCUCUGCCUCCGGAGUGCAGGGAAGAACAUGUGUGCCAAGGUGCCAGGCGUCGUGCUCAAGGUCCUUUCCGAUCUGCUUGGCCAUGAGAACCAUGAGAUACAGCCAUAUGUGAACGGAGCUCUGUACAGCAUCCUUUCUAUUCCAUCCAUUCGUGAGGAAGCAAGAGCAAUGGGAAUGGAAGACAUCCUACGCUGCUUCAUCAAAGAAGGCAAUGCCGAAAUGAUCCGCCAGAUAGAAUUUAUCAUCAAGCAGCUGAAUUCUGAAGAGCUACCAGAUGGUGUUCUUGAAUCUGAUGAUGAUGAAGAUGAAGACGAUGAAGAGGACCAUGACACCAUGGAAGCUGACCUGGACAAAGACGAACUGAUCCAGCCCCAGCUUGGAGAACUCUCAGGCGAGAAGCUUCUGACCACGGAGUACCUGGGAAUCAUGACCAACACGGGGAAGGUGAGGCGGAAGGGGCUGGCCAGUGUGCAGUGGAGCGUGGACGAGCCCCUGCGCCGGCCCGUCACCCCCGGGGGCCACAGGACCGGGUACCCAGUGCUGGAAGACCAUCUCAUUGCUCCCCAGACGGCCCGACGCGCCAGAAACGGCCGCCCGCGCGCCCCGCCCGGCGCCCAGCGGGCAGUCUACGAGGGCAAGCCCGGCGCCCCGGAGGCCUGCGUUUCCUCCUCACCCAUGGACGCCAAGCUGGGAGAGUGGUUGCCAGCAGGAUGUCAGGAAGAGCCUCGCCUGCCCCCCAUGGGGGCUCCCAGCCAGCCAAGGGAGGCGCCCCAGGACCCCGGCAGUGGAGACGCCACCAGGGAACUUACAUCGGCCUUCACCUGCAAGCCUCGGACACCCCGGACUCCAGAGAUCCUGGACCGGAACCCCCCCAAGGCAAAGGCAUCGGCUCUGGCUCCUCAAUUCUCCUCCUGCGGCCCCCAGCAGGCCAGCCGCCCCAGCUCCAUGGCGUCCUCCACGAGGGGCCUGCACAGCAGCCAGUCUCACAGGAAGUGAGGAUGGCGCCUUUCCCCGGGUGUCGCCAUCGUUGCCUGAGGACCAGCCAGCUUCCCAUUCUGAGCCUGGUGGCAGCUGCAGGUGACGGAUGUGAAAGGACAGUUGUCUGCGAGCCACUGGGCAGCGGGGAGCUGAGGACAGGCCGUCGCAGCCCCACCGCCCGGUCACUUCUUCCACAGGCAGAGCCUCGAGGGGAGGGCUGGGGCGGACCCGCCAUGGCCCUCCUGGGGGGGUCCUGGUCACCCUUCACCCCCAGAUGGGGGAGGGAAGACCUUUGCCCUCGGAGACCGUCUGGUCCCAGGAGCAUUUAGCUGUGGCUUGGGCAGCCCUGGCGGGUGAGACGAGGCGGAAGGCCAGACGGGUGGCCAGGCCGGCUCCACCUCGCAGGCUGGUGAGGAGGAACCAGGCCGGGAGAGCUCAGCCCCACCGGGGGCCUUUUCUGAGACUGUGGACCGGGGUGGCCUUGGCGGACGCCAGCUCUCCUCACUCAGACCGACCGCUUGGAAACAGAAGGGAUUUAGAGUAAGCGAGGCUCGUUCUCAAGCCAUGUGCCUCAGCAACAGAUUUCGUAUUUUCUUUCUCUUUUAAAAUGUGAUAAAGGGCCAGGUACGGUGGCUCACACCUAUAAUCCUAGCACUUUGGGAGG